GCGAGUGGGUGGCCUCUUGUAUAACUUCAUCUCAGCUGUAUCCGACAUCACGCGGGACCCUAAGGGGGAAAUUCAGUGUGAAACACGAAGUAACCACUUUACCAGUCGAUAAAAGGGGUGUAUAAGCAGAUAAUAAAACCCCCAAACGUUUUAUUCAGGCCUCAUUCGGAAAGGGUUGCACAUUUUAAACACCGCAGAAGAUUGUGCCGGAUUUCGUGUGCGCCACGAAUAUGGCACCAGGGUGACCCUUUGACCCAACAAGGCCCAACGAGUUGGAUUUGGACAAAGGGAGUGCAAAAAUAUUUAGCAAAUUCCCCGAUGCGGUAAAGAACAUUCGUGCCAACAAUGCCCGGCCGUGGCAGCUGUCUCAUGCGGCGGGGGAAAUGGAAUUCACCGUGAGAGUCUGCAGUCGUGAGGCAGAGUAGCUUUAUUCGUUUGUGUUGGUCAACAGAUUUGACGGCGAAGGAGGUGACAGUUUUCAUGAUCCAACCCAUAAAAAAAACUAACUAGGAAUCACGAUGAUGAUUUCAUUUAUGAAGCAGCAAGUAAGAAUAGCUAGUCAAGUUGUGCAAGUUAUGACUGCUGGCGAGAUUUACGUCAUUGGUGUACACAACCACUCCCUUAGCUGGUCCCCAUACAUAUAGCUCAGCUGACGUUCUUGUCGACACAGAAUGUGUAGUAUGGCCCAUUUUAGAGCAGCAUUGAACCUAUUCUUAUUUUUUUCUGUCUAUUGUCAAGAUGGCGUGCUAUCUGCGCCGCUCAGCUACUCUGUGCCACAAGGGCAGGCGCUCGGAGGCACCCCGCUCCGUGACGAUGGCUACUCCGGUGGGGAGAGCGACGGAGGAGGGAUGCUGUCCGGGGGUCGUGGACAACUACUGGACGGAGUCGUCGGGCACAGCGACUGGCAGGAGAAUGCAGGGCUAGAAUGGGUUGGCUGGAAUGGCUCCCAGGCAGUGUCCAUUACAUUCCAGUUUGAAGGAGAGACUUUGCUCGGGAAAGUGAUGUUCUACUCCAACAACGAUGAAGCGAACGGCGUCAGAGUGUUCGAGCGGGUCGAAUGCAGUGUGGGCGGCAACAUCAGCGACGCUGUCAAGGUCUUGGACGUGGAGACAACCUGGUGGGAGAGAACGGUAGCCGGUUUGGUGAUCUUCACUGCUGAUCUGUCAGGAUACAGGGGCGCACUGCUGCACUGUGUCAUGUACCCAGCAGGGAAAUGGUUACUGCUAAGUGAAGUGCAGUUUCAAAGUGGAUGCGACAUUGCCCUGGGUCUGAGCACUGGAGCUGUUCGUCCAGAGCAAAUAUCUGCGAACCCAGGAGAGACACGCAGCCUGGGUCUCCGGUCAGACUGCUACUUCGGACGUGGGCAAGCCUACCGCGGCAACGUCUCAGUCACCCAGUUUCAGGUGCCCUGUCAGCCGUGGAGCUUGCAAAGCCCGCACGCUCACCCCGAGACUCCGCUCAACUACCCGGAUGAUGGACUGGAUGGCAAUUACUGCCGCAACCCCGGCGGCAUGAGGGAGAGGCCUUGGUGCUACACCAAUGACACGAACACUGCCUGGGAUUUCUGCAGCAUGCGCACUUGUGGCUCUUGGGUCUUCGAUCUUUACACGGUUGGAGCCCACAUCACUGUUGACUUCACAAAGCCCGUUCAGAUUUCCAAGAUGGCGAUGGUUGGAAAUGGCUACUAUUGGACGUCUGCACUGGAGGUGGCGUACAGCAUGGACAACACCAUUUGGGAUAGUUACAUUGAUAGUGCGGCCGAUAACUAUUUACUACAGGGGAACACUGAUGCUGAAAGUAUCAACUUUGUAACAUUCCAGCCAAAGAUUACGGCCCGGUUCAUCUCUGUGAUCCCCAAGAAAUCCGAGCAGUACUAUUCAGCGAUGAAUGUGGAGUUUUUUGGUUGUUCAUCCGACAAGCAGUCUUGGAACAGCUACACCAACGUCACUGAAAAUAUAGUGAAUGAUAAAGUGUGGUCUUUGGCGAACAACCCUUUUCUCAUCCAUGGAGACAUCACGGUUUCCAAGUUUGCAAAGUUGACAAUACAGCCUGGAGUAAAGGUUGUUUUUUCAUUUCCAGCAAGUCGGCUAACGAUACAGGGUGAACUAUUUGUCAAUGGGCAGCCUGGACUUCCGGUGAACUUUGGUCCAUCUGGGAUUCCAUUAACAAGUGGGCAAUGGUAUGGCAUCGUCAUCAAUGCCGACGCUCCCAACAAAAAGUCGACAAUCAGGCACGCGGAGUUCGUGAGUUGCUCCGUGUGUGUGACUGCCCAAAGCUCAAACGUGGACAUUGACGAAGUAAGGAUCCGCAAAGCUGUAACCGGACUACAAUUUGAAGACCUGAGAAAUGCCGAUCACACCGUCAUAAUUAACAACACCAGAGUGACGAAUUCCAAUGAUGGAAUCAGAGUAUCUGCCAGAAACGGGAAUUUUCACCUGUCUUCUGUUUCGCUGCUAGACAAUGCCAAUGCCGGUGUUUAUUUAACAAACAUGGCUUUGAUGUCAGUGGCUGAGUGUAAUUUCAAACAAAAUACAUACGGGAUCUUCUACUACGUGGAAACACCCUCAAUAUUGAAUGUGAUCAAUUGCCAAAUCAGCCAGCAAAGAAAUUAUGGAAUGUACGUUGAUGGAUAUGGAACCAUUUCCCUCCUCGUCAAGAAUUCAUCGAUCUCCGGCAAUGCCAAUGGCUUGAUCUUAAACGUGAGAGGCAGUGGAAUUGCUGUGCUGGAGGACAACUUAUUCACAAACAAUAGCUUCUAUGGGCUAAGCAUAUACAACGGAAACCAUCUGUCACUUGUAAACAACGUCAUUCAAAACAAUGCAAUUGCAAGGGACCAAGCUUGUUUAAUAACAUCUUCAAGCUACAUGUCGAUAGACGGAAAUCUUUUCAUCGGCAACAAGGGACAAAUACAAUUCGCCGGAGGACCAUUUCCUGCAAAUAUAACCAACAACGUUUUUCGGGGAAACGAUGCGAACCAGAGAAGCGAAGCCGCGGUGGCGAUAGACCUCCCCGCAUUCUUCGCCAACAAUACCAUCACUGACAAUGUGGCUCCGCUCGCCGCAGUUGCCGUCAGCUCCUAUGCAUCCACAGUCGCCUUCAACGUCUUCAGCAACCCCGGUUGCCCCUACGAAAUCAAGUGCUCCGCACUUUACGAAAUCGGAGCUGAAGUGAAUGCCCAGCACAACUACUGGGGUGUGCCCGAGGAGCUGCGGGUGAGAGCCAGGAUUCUGGAUUUUUACAAUGACCUGGCCCUCGGCGUGGUGGAGAUGUUACCGUUUUUCCAAGACCCGGGCCUUUCUGUCCAUAUUGGAAGCCCCGGCGAGACGGUGCUCACCGGGAACUUCACGGGAGGUGCAAUACGAAACGGCUCGCUGAGUCUGCCAAGGGGAAAUUACUUUAUUACUGGCAACAUAUUGGUGGAACCUGCAAGUGUAUUGUCGUUAUCAAGUGGAGCCUCACUAACCUUCAUGGGUAGAACUGGCAUGCGCAUUGAAGGGAAGCUGAUCAUUGGAAGCCCAGAUGAAGAGGAAUGUUCAAAGUUGUCUGCUGAUUCAGUUCCGUGGCAUGGAAUCAUAUGCAAUUACUGUGAAGAAAUCACGCUCCAGCAGGUGGAAAUGACCAAUUUCGAGAUGUUCCAAGUUUCGGGCACGAGCAUAUCUAUGACAAACGUGAAGGUGAAGGAUUCCCAAAGCGGCUUAACGUUUUUGUCCUCACAAAAGUACCCAGUCAUGCAUUUGACAUUUGAAAACUGCACGUUUUCUGGGAUUUUAAGCGAUGCCAUAAACAUGAAUAUGUGGAAUUCUUAUUUUAUAUUGAAUAUUUCAAAGUCGACGUUCACAAACUUUGGAAGGAGCGCCGUUGUCAUAAAUAAUGCAGAAGACUUCACAAUUGAGAUCUCAUCAAGCUAUUUCACUGCAGAGUCGAGCAGUUACGCACUUAUCUUAAAUUCCUUCAACUGGAAUGCAAUUUCAAAUUGUCGCAUUGUGGAUUCGGUGUUUGUCGGAGGGCUCUACGGCGUGUUCAUUUCGAUGACUCGAAGUGACCUCGAAAUCAGCGGCAACCUCAUUCGGGGCUUCCGCCAAAGCGCCUUGAGCAUAAGCGAUAGUGGCGCACACUCCUACGUUCACAUUCACGGCAACACGUUCGAGGAUAACCACGGAGAUUUCGUGAUACAGAUGUACGCAGAUCUCGAGGAAAACUACACAUUUUAUCACAAUGACCUCACCAACAAUUCGGCGACAACAUCGCUGGUAGUGCAUGGGGCGAGUCCCACUCUGCACUACAACUACUUCGAAAACCCCGAGGCCACGUUUGAGAUGUCGGCGCCCAAUUCUCAGCGGUCCGUGGACGCAACUCUGAACUGGUGGGGCCAAGUUUUGGAUCAAAGCGUCGCUGCGCGGAUCAAUGACGUUCACAAGGACGAGAACAGGGCGGAGGUGGUGUUCUUUCCCUUCCUAGUAUCGAGAAACGCCAGUGACUUGAGUCGAAGGGAGGAGACAGUAUUCCUUGAAACCGGCAUCCUGGGAGGCGUGGUUAAAAACCGCACGGUCAUUCCAUACCUCGAUGGUGGGUACGAGGUGAUCAGAGACAUCACCGUGGAAGCGUCGGCGACGCUGACCCUAGAGCCCGGAGUUCAAUUGAGGUUUCACGAAUCGGUGCUCAUGGAAGUUAAAGGUCAACUCUUAGCGGUCGGAAACAAAUCCCAUUUCAUCACCUUUACAAAUGUGGCCUCGACACUGUGGAGAGGUCUCAUCAUCAACAGCGAAACGUCCACACAGAUCGGAAAAGAACCGUCUUUGUCAAUGCUUCAAUACGUUAUUAUAACAAACAGCAGACACGGUCUGAAAAUCAACAACUCCACAAUUCUCCUGGAGUCCGUCUCGUCCACAAACAAUGAGAAAUCGGGCCUGACGCUCAUGAAGCCGAUGUCAAAUUUAAGGAUAGUGAAUGGCACGUUCUCCUCCAACGGCGAAUAUGGAAUUGUCACAGAAAUGCCCGAUGUCGGUUCGGACGCCGUCGUUACAGCAGAGGGCGUUACGGCAAGCGAAAAUAGAUUGGGCGGCAUCAUGAUGCAUUUGGACUUCUCAUGUGAAACGUGCAACGUGUCCGAUAACGCCGGAGUUGGCCUGAACUCCAAUAGAAAAGUGAACAUCGCAUUGAAUAAUUCCAUCUUUAAACACAAUGCGCUCUAUCAAAUCUCGACAAACUCCAUAUCCAAACUCUUGCUCAUUAAUUCCAUAAUUGGCAUUACAGACCUCACAACAGCUUACAACACCUAUUACUACUACUUCAUGUCUUACUAUUAUGAAAUGGUGUACAUCACAGGGUCUUAUGAUGUAGAUUCUUCCGUGACCAUCAAGAAUAACACGUUUACUCGGGUAGCCCAAUCCACCCAUGCCGCUUUACUAAUCACAGGUGUUUCUGCUAACUGUUUGCAGCAAAACCGUUUCAUUGACAUCAAUAGCCCUGCACUGCACUUACAGACAGAUUAUACGAGAAGCAGUGCCCAAAUCAGUGAAAACACGUUCGAGCGCGUCAUGUCCAACUCGCACGUAAUUACGAUUGUUCAGUCCGGCAAUAUAUUAUCGUUGAAUUUUUCGGCCAACACGCUCGUCAAUUGCUCUGGAGAGACCGCCAUCGAUUUGACUCCUCAAACGUCAAUCGGAUCGUAUCGGAUCCAACGGAACGUUCUCACAGGCGGCACGUUCACCCGUACGUUGCUUGUGCGCUACGUCCUCAAUAUGACGGUGUCGGAAAACAUAUUCCAAAAUCCUGGCUCUGCAUAUGAAGUUAGCGUAGGCCCACGGACACCCGGGCAGCUUGUGGAGCUGUCGAACAAUUACUGGGACUCUUCAGACCCCUACAUGGUACAACGGCGGAUUCUAGACUUCCAUCAGGACUCCUCUCUUGAGGUGACUACCUACAGUCCCUUUUACAUGGACUCAAGCCUCUCGGCGCUGUCAAACGUCACGGGCGAUUUUUGGACAGACCCUUCCCUGCCUUUUGGUGGCGUCCUUGAUGCGGACUAUAUACUCGAGCCAUGUGAUGGUGUUCAAGUCAACAGGAGCAUCCUUGUCAGAUCUGGCAACACACUCACAAUUCCCCCUGGCUGUGAGCUGCAAUUUUCUGCAAACCAUGGCCUGGUGAUUGAAGGUUUUUUACAAAUCAGAGGUUCCUCGGAGGAACCUGUUGUUCUCUCGUCAGUAACGGGACGAUGGAAUGGACUGGCCUUGUUGAAAAUACCAGAAGAUUCUUGCCAAGCCUCCUUUGAUGGUCAAGUUUCUGUGAUCCAGCACCUGCGGGUCCUCAACGCCAACAACGGCAUCGCCAUCUUCCGCUCUCAAGUGGACCUUCGUUUUGUUCACGUGGACAAUUCCCUUUCGACUGGACUGUAUCUGACCGUUUCUUGUCCCAUGACGCAAACGGUAAGACUGGAACACGUGGUGGUUUCCCGUGCAGCAAAAGGUAUGACCUUCACUGGCCCCGAGCUCCGAAUUUUCAUCACGGAGAGCUCCAUAUCUCGAACAGAGAGCUACGGUUUGGAGAUCCGUUCCUGGGGACAGAAUUCUGAGAUAAGCAUCACCGCAUCAACGUUUUCAGAUAAUCAUGGGAACGUUAUCGAUGUAAACGGUGCAUUGUCACUGAGCAAUGUCACAGUAUCCGAAAGCAGUGAGGAGUACGGAUUGAAGGUCUCAAACUCACUGAAUGUGAUCGUGUCUGGUUCAACAUUCAGAAAUAACAGCGCUGGAGGAAUCUACUUUGAAUACUGCGCAACAGCCAGAGUCACGAACAGCAACUUUGAGUCGAACACGGGAAGAGAAGCGGUCUACUUUAAUUCCUAUUACAUACAGCGUGACCUCUAUUUGGUCGACAAUGUAUUCACAUCCAACGUAAUAGAUUCUAGUUCUUUAAAAUCGCUUGUCACCAUAAGCGUCGUUUAUAUAGCCGAGGACAUUGCCUUCAGCCUGUCUGGAAAUGAGUUUCAAAACAACACGGGGACAUCCAUUGUGUCCAUUACUUGCAUCUAUGGAUUGUGUACCGUUGGGUCAGGGCAGGGAGUUACCAACAACAAUUUUCAACAGAACGUGUGUCCACGCACUGGAGCCGUUGUAAAGGUGCAAAAUGCAUUGCUUGGAGUCGAACGUAACAUAUUCAAUAACGUAGAGAGUGCGGACUAUGACCUAUGGGUGUCUUUGAGCGAUCCGGGACAUCAGUUGAAUGCCACAGAGAACUCCUGGUCAGUGAUACGCGAGGUGGAUGUGGUGGCUCGGAUCAAAAACCCCGAGUAUGUUCGGUGGAAGCCAUUUUUAAAGGACCUCAACUUCAGCUGUGAAGGUGUCAACAACUGCAGCGGUAAUGGCGCCUGCACCUGGCAAAACCACUGCAGGUGCUAUCCUGGCCACGCUGGGGCUGCGUGCGAGAAGUUUGUCUGCGACAAUGUGCAGCAGUGCAACCGACGGGGCCACUGCGUGGGGCCCAACUGGUGCUCGUGUGAUGAGGGCUGGACGGGAGCAGCGUGCACCGAGGUCUCGUGCGGCACCGUCAACAACUGCAGUGGCCGCGGGGUCUGCUACGCGCCCGAGUCGUGCUUGUGUUACAGAUAUUUUGCCGGACUGGACUGCUCCGUUUGCCAGGAUGGAUUCUGGGGGCCCUCGUGCCUGCAGUGCCCUCUCUGCGUUCAUGGACAUUGUGACCUUAACACAGGACGAUGCGUGUGCAGUGAGCUGAAGUGGGCAGGCAAGCUCUGCGACCGCUGCGCCGAGGGUCUGUAUGGAAGCGAUUGCCUGCCUGUGCCCACGGUGCUGGACGUGAUCCCGAGCACUGGGCCCGACGUUGGCGGCACGUUUGUGCUCAUCAUGGGCCACAACUUGAAUGCGUCCACAGACGGGGGCUACCGCUGCGCUUUCGGGGACCAGGUGGUGGAGGGAACGUGGCUCUCUGGUGAGCAGGUGCGCUGCGUGACGCCCAUGCACGCGGCCGGGGCGGCGUCCGUCAAUGUGGCGCCAGGCCGCAGUGGCCAGAGCUCCUUCACUGCCUCCACGGUGAGUGGCUAUCUGUGUGUGCUGUUCACCUUUUACCAGCAGUGCCCCACGAACGCGUGCGGUAGAGACCUUGAUGUUCCACAUGGCAUCUGCUCAUUCGGGCGGUGCAUCUGCAGCCUCCCAUGGUACGGCGAUGACUGUGAGUUCGAGUACCUGCCGCCGGCGCUGAAGAUCGUUGCCGACGCCGUCGUGGUGGAAGGGCAGAGCUACGGCGAAUCUCUUCAACUCCUGAAGGGCACCACCCCAGUCAUGUGGCAACUGAGCGUCGCUCCGAGCGGCAUGAUCCUCGACGGCGCGGCUGUGCUGUGGAACUCGGCGAUCGCACGCGCAGAGCCGUAUGCAGUGGAAGUGAAAGUCUUCAACGCGGUCGGCAUGUCUACGGCAAGUUGGCACGUGACCGUGGAGCCGUCGUACACUGCCCAGCUGUACCCGGUGUCCCCCGCGGUUUUCUCCGCCCCCACGCGGGUCGUGCUGUCGGGGUUUGUGGCAUACCGGGAUGGCGUCACAGGAGGAGGCGCGCAGGUUCCCAUCGCUGUGGACAUUGUCCAUCAAGAUUUCACGAGGACCAUUGAGAGUGUGACGCUCAGCAAAAAUCGCACCCAUUUUGUGGUGAUUUUUUAUCCGACCUCGUACGAAAAAGGACAUUUUCAAGCGGUUGCGAGACACCCCACUGCACGAACCGGCACCGUGCCACAGUCCUGGGACGUUCUGGGCAUGAUGUUCCAGCCGAGCGGCAUCUACAUGAGUGGCGAUACCCAGGGAGAGAUCCGGGAACUGCGGCCUGAUGCCACCAGUCUGGUCAAUUUGGCAUCCGUACCCCUGUCCAACAUCACCUUGGAGGUAAGCAGUGGCUUCGCUCACUCCACUCCUGGUGCAAAUGGGCAUCCAUCGCAGGGGGCUCUAGGGAGAGCCCUGUAGGGAGCGGUAUUUGGCCGCUCUGUUCAUUCUGGCCAGGUGGGGACCCGUCUGAAAAAGAUUUUCAUGUACGUACAUUGAACUUCUUUGGCAC